AUGGGGAAGCGGUGGGUGGAGUUAUGCUCCGAACUGUGUGUCAUGGACCAAACUGGUUCUGGUUUUGUUCAGGGGGGUCCAGUUAAGCUCAGGUACAGAACUGUUCCCCUCACACCUGCUGUUAAAAGCUCAGAGGGUGCAGUGGAGUAUCUUAAAGUGGCACUAGGGGGCACGGUUGCCCAGGCUGGGGCUCUUACCGACUGCCCCUUUCAGGGAGACUCCUCUUCAUAUAACAUAGUGAACGGUGAGGUUAAUUCUAUUCGAGGUGAGCACACUAAAGCUCUGAUUGGGCAGUUGAUCAUCUUUAACCAGAUCUUGGGAGAGCUGAGAGAGGACAUCAGAGAACAGGUGAAAGAAAUGUCUCUUUUCAGGAAUGCUAUUCUGGAGUGCCAGAUGUGUGGAUUUUAUGAGCCACGUUCACGCUGUCAGCCCAUUCCCUGCUUUAAGGGCAUGGCCUGUAUGGAGACAUUUGAUUUCCCAGGGUACCGCUGUGGCCCCUGUCCGGAGGGUAUGACGGGGAACGGCACACACUGUCAGGAUAUAGAUGAGUGUGCAGAGGCUCAGCCGUGUUACACACCAGGCGCAUGUGUCAACACAGCAAAAGGGUUUACCUGUGAGCCUUGCCCACCUGGACUGUGGGGUCCUCCUCUCUCUGGAUUCGGUGUGGAAUAUGCUAACAGUCACCGUCAGGAAUGCUCUGAUAUUGAUGUAUGUCUUGAUUUGGCCAACGCCUGCACACCCAACUCCUUCUGCAUCGACACCAUUGGAUCAUAUCGAUGGGGUCAGUACAAGGUUGGAUAUGUUGGGAAUCAGACGACUGGAUGUUUCCCUCGGAAAUCGUGCGCUACUCUCAGUUUCAACCCCUGUGACACUAACGCUCACUGUUUCAUUGAGCGGAACGGCGACGUUACCUGCGCUUGUAAUGUGGGAUGGGUCGGUAAUGGUCACACCUGUGGAAAGGACACGGAUAUUGAUGGUUAACCGGAUCGCUCCUUGCCCUGCAUGGACAAUGACAAGCACCGCAAACAGGUCUGAAACUCACAAUCUUUUAACCAGCAAUCCUUCUCCCUGCACACACUGCUGUAUAAACAUUGACUGAAUUGAUGUGACUCUUUGAUGUGAUCAUAUUGUUUUAUUUAUUCUGAUGGUUUAUAGACUUGAUUCUUUCCAGAUCAUGUACGAUUGUUUGUACAUCUUGUACCUUUUUAAAAUUAAGCUAUUCAUUCUAGAAGAGGUA